AUGAACCGUGAGAAAUGGAAGAAGCAUCGUUCGGAGUUUUUGAAUGACGAUUGUGGGCAAAAUGCCCUUCAACUUGCGGCGCGCGGAAGCACCAUCAUCGCGGAAAUCCUACGUCUCUCGGAGCACAUUCCACUGGAGUUCAUACACCCCGAAGAGACGGAGUAUGCCCCUCUCAUCAGUGAUUUUCGAUACUUCAAGGCGCAGGAUGGGUUUGAGAAACGCAUUCAGGAUUCCUAUGAGCUGCUUCAGAAGGACGAGGUCCUUGCCACAACACACAUGGAGCUUCUCGAUCGGUUCUUUAAGCUUUUCCGUGGCGUCUACGGGUACGUGUUGGAGUUAAACCGAUUUAUAGAGGAGAUAAGGGAGGGCAUGUACAUUUCUCAGACUCUGGAAUCCAUUUUGGUCAACCUCGAUGGAAAACAACUUCUCUGUGAAAUUCUGCACCUCUACGGUGUCAUGUUGCUGCUGUUGGAUUAUAAAAUUGGUGGCAAAACACGAGAAAAUCUUCUUGUGAGUUACAUUCGCUACAAGGGCGCCGGAGAGGCCAACAUGGUUGAGGUGACUAACCUUUGCCGCGCAACGGGCUAUGAGCCCGACCAGACAUUACCCGAAUGUUACCCCGUUGCUUACUUUAAUCGUGUGCCUAUUGACAAGGAAGUGGUUGGAAUGAUCUUGGGACGUAUUCGCUCAGAUGAUAUCUACCAGAUGGCAUACAACUAUCCUGCACCAGAGCACCGGAGUGCGGCCUUAGCUCUGCAGGGUGCCGCGUUAUAUGUACUCCUAUUUUUCCGUCCAGAGAUACUACACAACGAAGGACCUGUCAUGCGAGAGAUUGUUGAUAAACACUUUGCUGAUAAUUGGGUUAUAAACUAUUACAUGGGAUUUACAGUGGAUCUCACAGUGGCAUGGCGGAAUUUUAGGGCGGCCAGCACAGCCAUUAGUGGAACCGUUGCUAUUGAGAACGUAACUUAUCAUCUUGAGCGAAUGCAGAGUUGUAUGAAGUCCCUCAAUAAUUCAAUUGGAGAAGUUUUGAGAGAAGGUGUGCUGACUGAACAAUAUGUUCUGGACAACAUUCACUCCUCGCUGCUGCCCCGUAUCCGUGAGGCGAACGUUGUGCUGCGGUGGUUCAUUCUCCAUUCAACCCGCGGCCGGCCUGGCAGUCGUUACCUUGAGAAGUAUCGAAGGAGUUACGAAAUGAUCAUGGGCAGUGUUACGGAAGACGAUAUUAUCACACUGUUACUACGCACGGCUCAGCUGGAGUUUACUCUCCGCGCUAUGUUCACUACACUACUGAAACAAAAACGUUCCAAAUGGGAGUCCUCGCGGGAGGAAGGGGCAACAAAAAUGUCGAAACUGGCCACUUUUUUCUCAGGUGAGCAUGUUCUUAGUGAUAAUGUGCGUGAUUCACAGCUGGAGGCGUGGUUUUCCGAGAUAUCUGAACGCAUUGAGGGUCUAGACUAUACGGAUAGCAUUACAGCUAGUCGAAAAAUUCAAAAAUUAAUUAAGGCACUUGAAAAUGUGCAGGAGUUUCAUCAGAUUGAUAGUAAUCUGCAAGUCGUUCAGUUUGUGCAGGACACACAAUUUCUCUUGCGUCAGAUGAUACGAUACAUUAAUAUUGAGAACAAGGUGCUCAUCACCAUCGCUACGGUGGGGGACUUAUCGUAUGCCUGGGAACGUGUAUCGACACAUGGUUAUUUUGUGAAUGCCAUUCAAAUGAAGAUUAAACAACGACCAGAUCUUGCUGUACAAAUGCGUGCUGUGUUUGUAAAGCUGGCAUCGAUGCUGGAGCUGCCGUGCAAUCGUAUUGAUCAGGGGGCGCAGAAUGAUGCUCGUCUUUUGGCGGCUCUUGAAACGACAUCGGAGUAUUACUCUGGUGACCUGGUGGCCUUUGCACGAGGUGUCCUUCAUAUCAUUCCAACCUCCAUCUUUGACGUCCUGCGAGAAAUUAUGGAGAUUUUAACAAAUGACCUCCGGGAAUGCCCGACAAAACUUUUGCGGAAGGAGAUGAAAAAUGAGAGUCAGCUGGACAUUCGGCGGAGACUCUCCGCUCACACGGCGGAUAUCGCCAAAUAUGCCAGCGGUAUUCUUGCCAUGGAAAGUACCCUUGUGGGCGUGAUUCAGGUGGAUUCGCAUCAGCUUUUGGAGGAUGGAAUUCGAAAGGAACUUGUAAGACAAAUCACACAUGAGUUGCAUCACUCGUUGCUUUUUGACGGAAAUGAUCCCAUUUCGGCGAGUCUGUUUGAUGAAGAACUUGCUCGCCUUGCAAGAAGGUUGAAUGGCAUCCGAGCAUCCUUCGAGUACAUUCAGGACUAUGUCAACGUUCAUGGACUUUGUAUUUGGCUAGAAGAGUUUUCCCGCAUUGUUCACUUUAAUGUGGAAAUGGAAUGCAAUGCCUUCAUGCAAAAGAAGUUGUACCCCUGGAAAUCCCAGUAUCAAUCUGACAGCAUCCCUAUUCCAUAUUUUUCACGGUCUAAGGAGAAUUCCGCGUACAGUUUCCUUGGUAGAAUAUUGCAGCACCUUCUCAUAAUGACAGACCCAAUGCGCUCUGUCUUCUUGUCAGCAUAUGGCUCAUGGUACGCGCGAGAUGGUCUUCAGGAGAUCGUGGGGACACGCACCUUUACCAGCAUUUGCGACGCCAUUGGCUCCAUGGGUCUUGGGGCACUGGAUCGACUGAUGUGUUUUGUUCUCGCUAAGGACUUGCAGCUGGCGUUAAAAUCCAUUCGCGCGGCGAUAGAGCCGGUGGAGGAGGAGGUCGCAAAAAUUGGCAGGGAGUUGUGUCCGGCCAGUGAUACGCCGACAAAUGGCACACAAAUUUAUUUGAAGUUGAUGGGGGCUGUUGAUGGAGGAAGUGGUGUUGGCGAUAGUCACUUUGCGGAGCUGACGAAGAUUUUGGUACGUGUUGGACGUAUUCAACUCAUGCGCACGAUGAUUGCGAGUGAACUUCGCUCCUUCUGCAAGUUAAACAGCGGAUCCCUCUUUGCUGCAUUGUCGACGGCAAAUGAGGCGUUGUUGAUGGACCUGCGUCAUCAUUACCACAACCCGGACUCCCACCCCAUUCCCGACGAAGUUAUAGCCGUCAUCUCCCCAUUUCUCGAUUCUGUUGGCAUUAGCGAUGCCCUCUCCAAGGUGUACGUGACGUCAAAGCCCAUACCUUCUCUUGUCUUCUACCUCCUUGCUCUGACGCUGCGCAACGUACCGAGGAUGCGCUACGAUGAGUCUAUUGCCUCCAUGGUGCCGAACCAACCGAAGGACUUGGUUGACCCUGAGGCGUUUGCCAAGGGCCUUUCACUCCUGUUGAAGCAAUUCCACUCGGACCAGUUAGUGCUCCUUCUGAAUCAUUUAUCGCAGGCGGUUCGAGUGUAUGUGUGCGCCUUUGGGCAAAAGGGCUCUCGUCAGCAAGAGGAUAUUUUACCGACGGAGGCAGAGACUCUUACGCAGGUUAUGCACACUUUGGCAGCGUCAUCGGGGUUUUCCGCUAUGGACUUUCACCGCACAGUUCCCGCCACUCUCUGUGGGACAUUCCGUUUGUCUACACAAAGCAAAAAAAAGUAA